AUGGCGAUAUGGCCAUUUGGCCGCAAGAGCAAGCGGCAUACCAUCCAACUGGAUGGCGCCGAAGCCGCAGACCUCCAGUCCGCGUUUGCUGCAGAGCCUACGUUGGGCCGCAAACCUUCCCGUCAUUCCAAGCGCCCGAGCAAUCGCACAUCAGCGGGUGAAGCCGCAGACAGCCGACGCAGCUCUGCGCUCGUGCCGUCGAAUCGACCUAUCUCAUCCCUGGACCGCCCUGCCUCCCUCGCAGAUCACACGACCAACCCUCGCGAACGUCCACCCUCGCGAUCCGCAUCAUUACUCAAGCGCAAACCGAGUCAAAAUGGCCCGAAUAAACUCCGUCGGAGGCUCAGCAAGCGCAAGGCCCAUGAGAUCAUGCGAGAGCGGGAAAUUCGCAUGCUGUCAUCCACCCCGAUCGAUAUCCCUCACCACUCUACCGACUAUGGACUGGAACACCGGCGGCGAAAGGCAAACGGACGACGUGCCGACCGGUAUAUGUCUGACAUCAGCCUUUCGAUCCGGGACUCGGCUACCUCGUCCACGUCUGACAUGUCCGACCCUUACACCUACAAGGUCAAUGCCUUUGCCGCACUGACUCCUCGCCCUGUGGUUCGCUAUGUGGAAGCACCGCGUCUGCAGACCGCCCGAAGCAGCAACCCUCCCGCGUCUAGUCGACAGGACAGGGAGCGUCUCAAAGCGAUGACCAUGUCUGAGGAGGAUCUUUACUACUCGAAGCGACGCGUCAACGAACUCGCUGAUUCCUUAGAUGCUGGUGCUCUCCGCGAGUUACUCGACCGUGACCGUCGUCGCCGGGAAAAGAAGCAGAUGGAUGACCAGGAGAAACUUCGGCGUAAGCUGCAGGAAAGAGCCGAUGCGCAACAAGCAGCCGACGAACAAAAAGUCUCCGAACCAGAGCCACAGCCCGAACCUGAACACACUCAACCCGAACCGCCUGUCGCUGAACCCCAGCCGACCCACGAUGUUAUCCCCGAGGACAUACAGGAGGACACCCAGGAGGAUAACCCAUCGGUCGAACCGGCUGCAGCAGAGACCGGGUCAUGGUUACGGGGAGCUUCCCGAGCCAGCGUACACACUGGACGCGACUCGUUGGAAAGCUCACGGGUUGUUGGAAACAUCGAUGAUGGUUCUCUGCGGGAACGCAGAUUGAUUCAGCGCCCCAGCUUUGCGCCGUCGCACGACAUUACCAUGUCUCGGACUACCCUCUCGCCUUCUCACUCGUCUCUCCGGCAAGGGCUCAGUAGCCCAAGCCACUCCCAAACCUUUGGAGCUGGCUCCACCUCCGACAUCUCCAAGGGUGUCGACUCAGAACGCCGACUCUCUGACACCAGCGGUCGCCGGGGUAAUACCAUCACCUCCCUGUUCCGACGUGGUUCCUCCCGUAUCAAACGGUCAUACAAAGAACGCUUCCAGGACACAUCCCCAGAAGUCUCCAACGCCUCCCACGAAUCGUUUUACAAAAUCCAGACGCAAUCAUCACCCCCUCCGCCCUCGAUAAUCCCCCCGAGACUUCUCGUUCCCACCAACCCCAUCAAGCGUUCUCAAUCCAAGUUCACUGAACACUUCGGUGACGAGCCUCUGUCGCCUCCCGAUUCACGCCUGCAGUCACCAGACAUCCCCGAGCAAGUGCCCGAGUCCUCUCUCGAAAACCAGGAGACAUCUUUGCGAGGUCCAACGCCCAGCGCCGCCGUGGACAUUCAAAACCCGAAGCGGCGUCACCACGGUUCAUGGACCGCAGAAAGCUUUGAUGCCGAGUCCGACAACGUGCCUCUGUCACAAUCUCUAGCCUCCAUCGAUUCCGAGGGAUCUUGGAUGUCAGGCCAGUUCUUCCGCCGGAUGUCGCAGAAGCCCAGCAGUCCCGUUCGGACCAACCUGAGCUCGUUUGGGUUAACGGAGGAGGACGGCGCAGAAGAUGAUCUCGAAGCCGAUUCGAUCGAUGAGUCUCGCCGUUUCAGCAGCAAUGUCUUGGGAGAGACAGAGCACCAGAAUGAAGCAACACCUGAAGCCAGCGAUCUUGCUGAAACCUGGCACAACGAAGUUGGCCGUCGUCCAGUUCUUGUGAACCCUGUUGUCCGCCCUAAGUCUACCCAAGGAAUGCUCCGAGGCGUUCCCUCUCUCUCACCAAUCUCGGCGGAAGAAGAUUAUAUCAUGGAAGAGACAUCCCCUACUGAACUGCACAGAGUCCCCAGCGCUAAAGCUGAGAUUGGAUAUGCAGAGUAG